AUGCUCUCAGCCUUCCUCCUGGCCGCAGCCGCAUCCGUUGCCGCGGCGAACCCGACUGUCACGUUUGACACCUCCAUGGGCUCCUUCUCAGCGGAGCUCUACCUCGACCGCGUGCCACGAACAGCGUCAAACUUUGUGGACCUCGCAAAGUCGGGCUUCUACAACGGCCUCCACUUCCACCGCGUGAUAGACGGCUUCAUGAACCAGUUUGGCUGCCCGCACAGCAAGGACCCGAGCUCGACGCGCGCGGGGACGGGCGGGCCGCCCGACGGGACCUUUGUCAACCUCGCGACCGGCGCGACGGAGACGCGCUCGAACGGCGGCAACAUCAAGGACGAGAACAUCUCUCGCGACUCCAACGUGCCGUACAGCCUGUCGAUGGCAAACACGGGCGCGCCAGACUCCGGCGGCUCGCAGUUCUUCAUCAAUGUGGCCCACAACUCGAACCUCGACUGGUUCUCCGGCGGCUCCUCCCGGCACCCGGUCUUUGGGCGGGUGACUGCGGGCCGGGAGGUCGUCCUCGCCAUCUCUCGCGUGCGCACGAGCAACGACAACCCGGCGGCGCCCCUCGUGAAGCGCGAGGCGGCGGUGGAGCCUUCUCGGAGCCUCCUCGGAGCCUCCCGUAGGCAGCGGUACCGCAGCAACAAGGGCGACAAGGAGGGCGAGCUGUGA